AUGGAAGAAAAGAACCAAACAGCUGUAUCUGAAUUCAUCAUCUUGGGAUUCUCCAACCUGAAUGAAUUGCAGUUUCUACUAUUCACCAUCUUUUUUCUGACUUAUAUAUGUAUGGGAGGAAAUAUAUUCAUCAUCUUGGUGACCAUGGCUGAUCCACACUUAUAUACACCCAUGUACUAUUUCCUAGGGAACCUGGCCUUUCUCGAUGUCUGCUACACCACCACCAAUGUCCCCCAGAUGAUGGUUCAUCUUCUAUCAGAGAAGAAAAGCAUUUCCUUUGGAGGGUGUGUGGCUCAACUUUUUGCAUUCAUUUUCUUUGUAGGAUCGGAGUGUCUCCUCCUGGCAGCAAUGGCAUAUGAUCGCUACAUUGCAAUCUGCAAACCCUUAAGGUAUUCAGCGAUCAUGAACAAGGCCCUGUGUAGCCGGUUAGCAGCCUCAUGUUGGACUGGUGGUUUCCUCAAUUCAGUGGUGCAUACAGUACUGACAUUCCGUCUUCCUUUCUGUGGCAACAACCAGAUUAAUUACUUCUUUUGUGACAUACCCCCUUUGCUGAUCUUGUCUUGUGGGGACACUUCUGUCAAUGAACUGGUGUUGCUGUCCAUUGGAGUCUUCAUUGGUUGGACUCCUUUCCUGUGUAUUGUCCUUUCCUACCUUUACAUAAUCUCCACCAUCUUGAGGAUCCUCUCCUCUGAGGGGAGACGAAAAGCCUUUUCUACCUGUGCCUCCCACCUGGUCAUUGUCCUUCUAUAUUAUGGUAGUGCCAUCUUCACAUAUGUACGGCCCAUUUCAUCUUACUCAUUGGAGAAAGACAGACUGAUCUCAGUAUUGUAUAGUGUUGUUACUCCCAUGCUGAAUCCUAUAAUUUACACGUUGAGGAACAAGGACAUCAAAGAGGCCAUGAGGGCUAUAGGGAGAAAGUGGCAACCACCAAGUCUCUCUUUUGAUAUGUAA